CUCAAGAAAAUAUCAUUGGCAAUAAUAUUACUGAACAUUAUCAACUAUUACUUGCGUGUUUAUCACUCAAUGUAACAAUAACAGGUCAACAAAUAUUGCGCUUGAUAUGGAAAACAUAACACUUGAAAGUGUUUGCGCAAUGGUUAAAAUUAGAAUGGCUUGUCAAAUAUUGGGUAAUGUAGAAAGUGCUUGGUCAUUCGAAUGUUAAUGUUUAUAUCAAAAGAUUCUUCCAAUGGCACCAUUAGUUCCAUUGAUCGCCACGAUGAAGAUUCUAGUUUUGUUUGCCUUGAUUGGAAUCUCAGUAGCAGCAGUUGAUUAUACCGGGCACCAAGUUUAUCGAUCAUAUCCUACCCCGGGAGAAAACGAACUUCUUCAGAGAUUUGGCAAAGUAUUUGAGCUUGAUUUUUGGUCUGAUUAUCGCCAUGGUGAUGAUUUCGUCGACUUCAGAGUGUCACCAGAACUUCGGUCAAAGGUUAAUGAGUUUCUGACAAAAAACAGGAUCAACUACGAAAUUUUUAUUGAAGAUCUUGGUAUUGCCAUCGCCAAAGAGAGGAAGCCUAAACUGUCGAAAAUGAACGAUGAUUCGUUUGAUUAUUUUGUAUAUCACACUGUUGACGAGAUUGACGAAUGGAUUACAUCGUUCACUAAGGACAAUUCCUUUGCAUCGGUGGUAACUAUUGGAUCCGGAAAAUCGUAUGAAGGCAGAAACAUGCGUGGUUUGAAGAUCAGCACCGGGAGUGACAGACCGGCGUUUGUGAUCAAUUGUGGCAUCCAUGCUCGUGAAUGGAUAACACCUGCUACUUGUCUGUAUACUGCAAACAAGCUGAUGAACGAGUAUAACAUGAACAUGACAAUAACUCACCUGAUGAAUGGUGUUGAUUUCUAUCUCAUUCCCUCAUCGAAUCCAGAUGGUUACGCUUACACUUGGUCGAACGACAGGAUGUGGAGAAAAACAAGAAGCAAAUCUGACAUGUGUGACACAUGCAUAGGAGUUGACCCAAACAGGAAUUGGGAUUUUCAUUGGGGUGAAGCAGGAUCGAGUUCGGAUUGUUGUUCGGAAUCAUACAAAGGCUCAGUCGCAUUUUCUGAGAUUGAGACAAAAAAUCAACGAGAUUUUGUUGAAAGUAUAGAAAAUGUUAGAGCGUACAUAGAUGUCCAUUCUUACAGUCAGACAUGGAUGUAUCCAUAUGGAUAUACAAAAUCUCCGGCUCCAGAUGCAGCUAUAUUGGAGAAAAUUGGAAGAGACAGUGUGUCUGCUAUAUCCAGCGUAGAUUCCCAUGUUUUUCAGACAGGAUCGAUUUCUGAUGUCGUGUAUGUCGCUAGUGGAAGCACCGCUGAUUUCUUCUACAGCAAAGGUAUAAAGUGCUCAUGGGGAGCAGAACUUCGUGAUACAGGAAAAUAUGGAUUUAUUCUUCCAGAAGACCAAAUCGGCAAAGGAGCUGAGGAGGCUUUCCAAGGUUUAUGUUAUUGCGAAGAACAUACACUGGGUCCUUGCUAG